AUGAUCGUAGCUCUGGCCCUCCUCUUGGGAAACAACAUCCAAGACCAAUUGUAUCUGAAAUACAUCUACUUUCUCGAGAGCGUAUCCAAUGGCUUGGUAACACCAGGACCCGACUUCUUGACCGACAUCCAAAAGGGGGUGAAAGGGUUUGGGAUCGCCAGUCUCCUCAGCUUCAUUGGCAUCUGGCUCAUCAAGUUGAACUUCAUCUUUUUCUUCAAGAGACUUAGCACUCAACUGACUGCUUAUCUCGUAUUUUGGUGGAUUGUAUUGGGUGUCACAAUUGCAUGUGGAGCAGUAAGCAUUGUUGUGGUGCAAUUCCAAUGUCUUUUUGGUCCCAUCGAAGAGAUGGUGACCAGUUGUGUCAUGCCAUCGACAAUGGAGCAAACAUAUAACUUUUUCAAAAUAUCCUGCAUUGUCGAUGUCGUCACAGACGUCUUGAUCAUUUGCUUUCCCAUCUCUAUUCUUUGGAGAAUUCGCGUCAGUACGCGGAAGAAAAUUGCUCUCGCAGCGCUGUUCUCUCUUGUAAUAUUCACAAUAGCUGUGACUCUUGUUCGCGGCAGCCUAUUUGGCGGGGUGUAUAAGCCUCUCAAUUACAGCGACAAGAAAGAGAUGAAUAUCACAUGGAUAUGGUUCUGGUUUUCGAUUGAAUUUACCGUCUGUAAGUGCUUGAAAGACACCAGCUGCUGGCCACGACAUGACUGA